AUGCUAUGUGUGAUUGAAGCGAAUUUGGUGCUUAAUCAGCUGACUUGUAAUGGUGUACUGGAAGGAAUUCGUAUUUGUCGUAAAGGAUUCCCCAAUCGCAUGCCGUACCUUGACUUCAAACAGAGAUAUGCUGUACUUGCUGCUGAUGCCGCCAAAAAAGCAAAGUCAGACAAGGAGGCUGGUGAUGGAAUCGUGGCCAAGCUCGCUUCCAAUGGCUCGAUCAAACCGGAAGAGUACCAAUGCGGUCUCACUAAGGUCUGCGCUCAAAUUGGAAUGAAAUGUGCUUCAAUGCAGAUUUUCUUCAAAUCUGGUGUGCUGGCUCAUCUCGAAGAACUUCGCGAUGAAGAACUUUCGAAGAUCAUCACCAAAUUCCAAAGCGCCUGCCGACACUAUUUGGCAAUGUGGGAUUACAAGAGAAGACUCGAUCAGAAGUGA